AUGAGCACACCCAGUAAGCGAACCAACUCGGCGGAGGGUCCCCCCUCGACACCGCUUGGGAAGGACAACUCGGAGAUGAAAAAUAGCGCAGAAGCGAAGAACAGAACAGACACGAAAGAAGGGAGCACAUCGCUGCUGAAAGAGCACCACCAAUACAACACGUUUGCAAACAUAACCCUGUGCCUGAUGGGUAUGUCCUCCGUGCUCAUGUAUAACUGCGUCUUGAAUACCACCCCCCACAUUCACGAACUGCUAAACAGAAACAUCGUGGUGUCCUCCACGUUCUUUUUAUAUUUCUCCGUGUUGGUAUUCGUCUCACUAAUCAGUGCUUUAUUUAUCGAAGUGAAGACGAGGACCUAUGACAUAUGUUUUGUCAUUUCCUUUGCCCUCCAGUUUGUGUACCCUCUUGUCGUAAAGUACUACUAUGAUCGGACCUUUAUAUUUUAUUUGCUCAUUGGAUUUAUCGGUGCAACAUGCUCCGUAAUGAAGACGAUGAUUUUUUCCAUUGCCACCAUUGUGUUGAAUAGCUCCAAGGUGAUUUGCUUAUCCUACGGUUUGACUGGAAUUUACUCCCUUUUCAUUACCACUACGUUUUUUUAUUUUUUAAUAAGAAUAGAUAAAGAUGUGCAUAAGCUUAUGCAGUCCAUAUUUGCCACCUGCGCAAUUAACUGCACAUUUAUUUUCGUCUCCUUCAUUUGCUAUUCUGUCUUGAAAAGUACCGAUGAGUUUAAGCGGAAGUUCAAGAUAUACCAGGAGGAGACGGAGGCGAAGCGAGCUCGCAGUGGAAGCGGUGCACUGUUCGACAAGGCGGGGGGAACAACCGGGGAGGAGUCCUUUGUCAUACCGGUUGAGGGUUCCACUCGGGAGGGUGGCUACAGUGGGAAUGAAAGCGACAAUGAGAAGCAUCCCUCAAAGGAAGCUACGAAGAAAGAUGCGAAGAAACCUCUCAAUGGUGCAAAGAACGGGGUGGACCCCAUGGAGGUAACCCCAAAAAGCCGCUUCUUCCCAGACGCCUCCUCAUUCAACGUGAAGGUAAACGAGAUGAUGAAGCAAGCCAGGAUAAAGGCAUUCCUCUACAAGAAGUCCCUCGUUUUCCUCUUUUGCACCUUUUACAACAUUUUCCUGAAAAUUGCAGUUUUUCCAGUUGUCUGCCCAGAAAUGUGGACCAAAAAUGUGGAUGAACGAUACAUACUAAUCGGCAUGGUGCAGCUGGGUGACUGCGUCAGUAGGAUUUUCCCAACAUUUGCAGAGAGUGUACCAGCUUUUAAAAAAUUUCUUCUGCCACAAAGGAAGGUAUUCAUAUACUCGCUCGCAAGGACCUUUCUAUCCGUCCUAUGUUUAGUAAUUCCCCUGACAGAUAUGGCCCUGUUGAAUAAUUUUCUUUUUAAGUGCGCCCUCAUUUUUUCAAAUAUUUACCUAAAUGGCUGGUUUGUCGUUUUGUCCUUUAUUAACAUUUCCGAUGUCUUGAAGCCGCUCAACUCGAUGAGCAACGUUGCCAUGGUCAGUAGCUUCGGCUCCACGCUGCUCCGGAUGGGCUUGCUCACGGGCUACGGUACCUCGAUCAUCUACAGGCACUACGUCCAGGGGGGCUAA